AUGGUGAAGCUUUUCUGUUCUAUCGUUGGUGUGGGGAGAAGCGUGUUCUCCGUGGAAGUAAACGAAGGCAAAACCGUAUAUGACUUGAAGGAAGCAAUCAAGGCGAAGAAGACCAACGACUUCAAAGAGGUUGAUGCAGACAAGCUACAGCUCUUCCUUGUGAAGAAGGGUGACGCGUGGCUGCGGGACAACGAAGACCUGGACACGUUGCUUCAGAGCGAAAUCGACUCUUCAUCGUAUUUGCACAUGCGUGCGUCGUGGAAGCUAAGCAAGCCGACCCUUUUCGGGCCUGACGUUUCGUUAGGAGAGGACGUAGUUCACGUGCUGGUGGUGGUUCCGGUGGGUGCUGGAGUUGGCGUAGGACAAGACGUCAGCAUGCAUGUUCCGGCUGCUGUACCGAUGGGUCCCAACGUAAAUCUGUCUUCGUGUGAAGAUCUCCCUCGCCUUUUUGGAAAACGACAUGAUUAA